AUGAGUCGACAUUCGAACUUUCUGCUUGUGUCGCAACUCUGGCAGGUGACCUCGCCCAAGGUCAUCAAGGAGCUGAUGCAAACCUUCGAGAAGCGCCCUUCGGGCACCCAGACCAUUGUGAGCCUCUUCCUGCACAAGCAGGCCCCCCCGGGGCUCGACUUUGCGGAGGAGGGCGAGGUGAAGGAGCGUGGAUGGUCCUGA